AUGUGGCAUGCCCUACUAGGCACCACUGACCAUCGUUAUGUGGACCGAGGUCAUUUGAGGCUUGCCACUGCUGGUACGAAGCUCGGAUUGAUGACGUGCGUGGGGGACGAAUACAGGGAGGUCCGUUUGAUUGUGGAAAGGAGCGGACUGUAUCCUCUGGCCAGGUGCAGCUAUGCAGAGACGGACCUAGAGCUUAUAUCGGCCCUUGUGGAGAGGUGGCAUGAGGAGACUAGUAGUUUCCACAUGCCAUUCAGGGAGAUGAAUGUCACCCUCGACGACGUCUCCGCUCUUCUUCACAUCCCGUUUGAGGGGCGGUACGAGCAUGCAGCCAGGAUGUACCUAAUGCAUCUUGUUGGCGCGACCUUGUUCGCCGACAAGAGUGGGGGGCACUCAUUCUCCGCCCGUUGGAUCGGCAUGCUACAGAAUCUUGAGGGGGUGUCCGAGUUCGUGUGGGGCGCCAUGGCCCUUGCCACGUUGUACGACCAGCUUGGACAGUCCUCGCGCAGAGGGGUCAAACAGAUGGACGGUUACACGUCCCUGUUGUUGGCCUGGAUCUUCGAGCACUUCCCAGAUAGGCUUGUUCGCGAUAUGCGAACCCGGCUUACACAGAGGACCAACCCAGAGCUUGUAGGUGGACGGAGUCACGGACGAGGGCAUGCUAGGCUGGCCGAGAGGCGAGUACUACUUGAUGAGUUGACAACAGACGACGUCAUUUGGACUCCAUACGAGGCUCACAGGGAAUGGCGACAGCGGGAUGAGAGGGCUUUGUUCUCAGGCUACAUUCGGUGUCCCUAUCCCCCUGAUGUGCGACCUCAUCUUCCGGAGCGGGUCAUGCCACAGUUUGGGUAUAUACAGAUGAUCCCGCGCCACCCUAGUGAGAUGGAUAGAUCUCCCGUAGCUGAGGUUGUUGAUGUGGCAUUCACAGACUAUGUGCAGUACUUGUUCCCUGAGGGCGUACCUGCUAUAGAGGAGGGAGAGUCAGUGGGGGGUUACAUGGAUUGUUUUGAGCUGAAGUCCUUUGAGUUCAUGAGUGUUGAUUGCACAUUGGGGGUUUUAUUUGCUGAAUUGAAGGAAAGGAUGGUGAAUUAUCAUGAUUAA